UUUGAAGACGUAAAACAAAUUGGUGAAGGUGGAUUUGCAAAAGUAUAUUCUGCAACAUGGAUUGAUGGUAAAACAGAAUAUGACAAACAAGAUGAUGGAAGUUGGAAAAAGGAAGAACCUGAACCUAUGAAAGUUGCUUUGAAAAGGUUAAAUGGAUCACAAAAUAUGUCAGCUGAGUACUAUUUAAAUGAGGUAUGUUUAAUUAAUAAGAUAAACAUAUAUGUAUUGUUAAUGACAUGCUAACUUAAAAUACAUCGGAAACAUUGUAC